GGGCAUGAAGUGGUGUUUAUGUUCUGCUGUGAAGUGUGUUGUGUACAGGAGAAGCGUUUCUUUUCUUUUUUUGUGCGGAUCUUGUCGUCUAAACCGAGAAAUAUCAACGAAAGUUUAUUUCAGCAGCACAUACGACGAAGCCUGGUGGAAUGUCAUUGAAGUAUAUUUGUCAUGGACAGCUUACCAGACGAGAUAUUGCUACAUAUAUUUUCGUAUCUUAAUAUGAAGGAUCUGGUUUUCUCCGCCCAAUAUGUGUGUCGGCGUUGGUUAAGAGUGUCUCGUGACGACGCACUAUGGCAAGAUAAGCUGUAUAAUCCUUCUGACGAAUCCGAACCAGAGAUUUUGGUGCGUUUGCAGAAAAUGCCAAGUUUACGAGCUUUUCAUUUGCAUAGAAGACCAACAGACGUUAUCCUGGAGACUUUAUCGUCGUGCUGCAAGAAUCUUGUAGAAUUGGACAUCAGCUGCUUAGAAAUAAGUUCCUAUCCGACCAUUAACUAUUCCACACUUUACAAAUUAGUAGUGCAUUGUCCAAAUAUAGAAAUGCUCAGUAUACCAGAUACUCUUGUUACUUUUGACGAAUUCUCAAAUGUGAUAGCGAGAUGGAAAAAGCUAACAGAGCUUGAAAUUGUUGGUGCAGCAAAGAAGCCCUUAUCCCUUCGACCAAUCGGCGAUGGGUGCCCAUCGUUAAAGCAUAUUGGCCUCUAUUCUGGCUAUUACAGGAACGAAGAUUUGGAGUAUGUGUUACGCAAGAAACGUGAUACAAUUGUGUCAGUGGUGUUGCCAUGGAGUGUUGAGGAAGGAAAGAGCACAAUACCAGUUCUGAAAGUAUGCUGUGAAAAGAUUGAGGCGCUUAAAAUUUGUGACUACAGGGAAGUAAUGGUUCAAGAAUCUCUCGAUACAUUAGUCUCUCUUGUACAUUUGAAGAAGCUGUGGAUGUACGGUCUAGAAAACCUUAGUGUACAGAAAUUGAUGCCAGUGUUUGAGGGUGGCAGCCUUUCCAAUCUGGUGAUGCUGGAUCUGAGUUACUAUGAGUCACUGGAUGACAGGUUGGCACAAACUAUUUGCAUAAAAUGCCCUUUAUUACAACAGCUAUCGUUCCAUUGUUCCUGUCUCCUAACAGGCGAAGGCUUAAGAUUUAUAAGCAGCUUGAAAAAGCUUGUAUUUUUAGACUUAUAUUGGUGCUCAGGUAUUACAGAUGAUGGCAUUGUAUUCGUUGUAGAAUGCCAGACAUUGAGAGAUCUUAAUAUAGCUGGAUGUGUGCAACUCACAGAAUACAGCAUGCAAAUGUUGGUGACACUUCAUCAGUUGAGAUCACUGAUUCUUUCAGGAUGCACUGUAAAAGGUUUACCAUUCAGGUCUUUUCCUACACAUUUACCAUUUUUACGAAAACUUGAUCUCAAAUAUUGUGAGGAAGUUGAUAUUGAAGCACUGAAUGAGCUUGAGUUACAGAUGCCAAAUCUGUCAGUUGAAAGAAUGGUAUGACUGCUGUCAAAAAGACUAUAAUUUCAGUUUCUACAGAGAAACAUUUCAUCAUUUCUUGGAAUGAUGGAAGUUGUGAUCCAUCAUAUUUGUCUGAUAUUUCAGAAAUGUGAAUAAAUUUAUUAUAUCAUAUUGAUAAUUACAUAGUUUGUUGCCUUCAUAAGUUAUCUGAUUUUUAGUUGUAAAAAGAAAUAUUUAAUAUGAUUUAUGAACUCUUUCAAGCAUUCUGGUCAAUAGCCAUGUGAUGGUUUUGUUGAGCUUUAAGUUUCUUGUUCUUUCAAUUACUUGCUCAACAUUUAAUGAUUAUAUGUGUUUAAUUUAUAGUAGGAACCAUUUAGUGGUAGUCUGUGAAAUUUGUAUUCGCACCAAAAUUCUUCUCAAUUUAAAUAUACAACAGAUAUUAUAGUCUGAGUGCUUAAGUUAUUUUAUACCCUCUUUGUUACUCGUGGUUUAAGAGUGAUAGCUUUAUAACCAAAAUAGUUCAUCACACGGUAGCAGGGGGAUGGAAAAGAUUUUAGAGCCUCAGAGAACUAGAUGUAGUGAGUUGCAAAAAGUUGAAAUGACGAUUUGGGGUAUGGUCCAUUUUUCUCUACAAUCUUCAGCAAGAAAAGCUAUUGUGCACUGCAAAAUAAUAAUCUGCUUUGAAGUAUGCUCAAGUGUUAUAAAAUUCUUGAGUAGUGGCUCAUCCUGAAAAUUGAGAUAAAUGUUAAAUUUGAAGUACUACUGCUUUUAGUUGGUACUGCAUAUGAGAGACUACUGGAAACUUAACAUGUAGUAAUUGGCCUGAUAUGUUCACACAAAAAAGAGAAUAUUCUUUUGAGGCUGUGAAAUAUAAAAAUAAUUAGAAGAUUUUAGAAUGCGUAUGUUCCAUAGACAUAAACACAGCAAGCUUCCAAUUAUUCGGGUGUGGGUUAUCCAGUUUUUGAGUUAUCCUGGCACAGAAGAAAAAAAAAACAUAAAAAAAUAUAAAAAUAUGAUUAUAAUAGAGGGAAACAUUCCACGUAGGAAAUAUAUAUCUAAAAACAAAGAUGAUGUGACUUACCAA